GUUUUUAACUCAUCUUCAGAAAACAAAGAUCUACCAAGAACCAUGUCUGCAUCUCGCCAAAUGACAUACUCUGUUGGAGGAGCAAAGAAAAAUGUCAGCAGUGCUUCUGUUUGUCCAGCUGGGGCAAACCGAAAUAGCUUCAGCUCAGUUUCUGUCUCUCGCUCAAGCAGUGGAGGUGUUGGUGCUGGCCAUGCUGGCUCUGGUGGCUUUGGUAGCAGAAGUCUUUAUUGUUUGGGAGGAAGUAGAAAAAUUUCCAUUCCUACAGGCUUACAAUCCCAGUCUGGAAGUGGUUCUGGGUAUGGAGCUGGUGUCGGAGCAGGCUUUGGAGUAGGUUCUGGGUUUGGCAUUGGUCAAGGAUUCGGUGGUAAUUCUGGAUUUCCUGUAUGCCCACCAGGGGGGAUACAACAAGUUACUGUCAAUCAGAGCCUCUUAGCACCUCUCAAUUUGGAAAUUGACCCACAAAUUCAAAAAGUGCGUACAGAAGAGAGGGAACAAAUCAAGACUCUAAACAACAAGUUUGCAUCCUUCAUAGAUAAGGUUAGAUUCUUAGAACAGCAGAACAAGGUUCUUGAAACAAAAUGGAAGCUUUUGCAAGAGCAAGGUGUCAAGGUUGUGAAGAAUAACAUUGAGCCACUUUUUGAAGCCUAUAUUAACUCACUAAGGAGACAGCUGGACAGCCUAGUAAAUGAUAAGGCCCGUCUGGAUGGAGAGUUGAAACAAAUGCAAGAUGCUGUGGAAGAAUUCAAACACAAGUAUGAGGAUGAAAUUAACAAGCGCACAGCAGCUGAGAAUGAAUUUGUUGUACUCAAGAAGGAUGUGGAUAUUGCCUACACAAACAAGGUGGAACUAGAAUCCAAGGUGGCUGCUUUGACAGAUGAGAUCAACUUCCUGAGGGCACUAUAUGAAGCGGAACUCGCCCAGAUGCAGGGCCAGAUUUCCGAUACUUCAGUUAUUCUCUCAAUGGACAAUAACAGAAAUCUAGACCUAAACAGUAUUAUUUCUGAAGUCAAGGCUCAGUAUGAGGAGAUUGCCAACCGAAGCCGGCAAGAAGCUGAGAGCUGGUAUCAAAACAAAUAUGAAGAGCUCCAGGUCUCUGCUGGAAGACACGGUGAUGAUCUGAAAUCCACAAAAGCUGAAAUUGCUGAGCUGAAUCGCUACAUCAACAAACUUCGUUCUGAAAUUGACAGCGUGAAGAAACAGUGUGCCAAACUACAGACUGCAAUUGCUGAUGCUGAACAGCGUGGUGAGCUUGCAGUAAAGGAUGCUAAGCAAAAGCUUUCAGGACUAGAAGAUGCUCUGCAGAAGGCCAAGCAGGACAUGGCUCGCCAACUGAAAGAAUACCAGGAACUGAUGAAUGUCAAACUGGCUCUGGAUAUUGAGAUCGCCACCUACAGGAAACUGCUGGAAGGAGAGGAGAGCAGGUUGGCUGGAGAAGGUGUUGGCCCAGUAAACAUAUCUGUAGUGAGCUCAGCCUAUGGUUCCAGCAGUGGAGUGGGGCACAGCUAUGGUGUUGGAGGUGGUUUUGGUUUUAGCAGCGGAAGCGGAGCUGGCAUGGGAUGCGGAUAUGGCAAUGGUGUCAGUGGAAGUGGUGCCUUUGUUAGCGGCGGACAAGGCAUGAGCAGCGGAGGUUACUCUUUCAACAACCUGAAACCUGGUGGCUUUAUGUCCGGUGGUGGCAGUAAUUCAGGUGUUAUUGUAUCAAAGACCGUGACAGCCUCCCGAAAAAACUAAGAGUCACAGAGUCUGGUCUUAAAGGACAGCAGCCUCAUAAACAGUAAAAUUGUG